UGUUUGCACCUUAAUGUUUACAGUUUGUUAUUUUGUUGCUUGACAUUAAAUAGCAAAAAAAAAUGCAUUGAUAUUACGGAUCAUUUCUGAAAUAUCUCAUUAAAGAGGGAGCUUUGUAAGAGAACAUAAACGUUACGGGUUGGUGAAUUUAAUGGCGCCGUGAACUUCGAUUGAAGAAAUCCAUCUUCGUAUUGGUAAAACAAAAUACAAUUACUAAUCCCGGUCUUAAAGUUUGAUGUUUGAUCUUUGGCUAAUAGAAAAAGAAACAAGAUUUAGGAGCAGAUAUGUUGCGAUCUGUUCAUCUCAAAAACUUUGUGGGAUACAUAGACUACCAGGUGAUGGACUUUUCAAACGAUGGACCUUUCAUUCUCAUUGGCGAAAAUGGUUCUGGUAAAAGUUCUGUUUUAGAAGGUAUCCGACGGUGUUUAAAGCUGGAACUUAGUACAUCAAUAUCUUCAGUAUCUGACUCUGAAAAAAUCUCUUUUUUCAUCUGCAACAUUAAAACUGAUAGUUCACGAAGUAAUGACGUGGUACUCGGUAUCGUGUCUAAUCCUCUUAAUUCUAAGCGGAAUCAAGACGGACAAGAUGAGAUGCAAAAUCGUAGUGGUGCCGCCGAUAUAAAUUCUGAAAGAGAUUCAUCUGGAAACAAAUCCACAACUAAAAAUACCAUAGAAGAGUAUUAUAAGUUUGCCAUUUCUAACCAAGAUAAAAUACUGAUUGAUCUGAUUACUUUAAGAAAAUCAGGGGAUGAAACCGAUCUUGAGGUGUCUGCAAGCUACAUGCUGACCAAUGAAAACUCACCCAUUACCAUAGACAAAUGCAUUGAAACUUUUUCAAAUGUAAAUGACAAUGGAAAAGGCAUGGAGGAUUGCAUCAAGUCAAUUUUAGUAAAUCUCGACAAAGCCUCAAAUACUUCUCCUGACAAAUUGAAAGAAAUAUUGCGCACAAUGACAGAGCAGUUUGUUUUUACAUUCCCGUCGCGGUCAAUGGCUCCUUAUCAGUGGUCUGAAAGUAAACGUCACACCAUAGAGCAUCGAAAUGAAAAUUACGAAGAGGCUGUAAACAGAUGUGAAAUAAUAAACUUUUAUUAUAACCACUUAGAAAAGUUUGACAAGGGCAAAGAAAAAACCUAUUUCAGUCAAGUAACACAAGGUGAAGAUGACAACUUCGAGCAGAUGGUGACAGGAGAGAGCCGUCCAAAAAGGGGCAGAUUUGCUUUGAUAAAAACGCCAGAAGGCAUUUUGGGCGCAAAGGAAUUUUCUAUCCUGAUUUCAAGCAAACAAUACAAGACCCUUUUGCUUGAAGAACCAGAAAGAGGAAUGCAUCCACAAUUCGUAGAAAGAAUGGUUCAGAUAAUGAAAAAAGAGAACAACAACACACUUGUUAUACUCACUACACACCAGAAGGGAAUUAUAACUCCUUGGACAAUACUUGGAACAUUUAUCUUCAGGCGAAGUGAAGAAGGCAACCGAAUUAUAUCCGGCAAAUCUGUCCUUGACGAAGAGGAAGUUGUCAGUAUGAAGGACAUCAGAUUGUUUACAUCACAGCAUAUUUCGGACAUUUUCUUUGCAAGGAAAGUGUUAUUUUAUGAGGGCGAUUCAGAGGAACUUUUCCUUGGAGAACUUAAAAGUCAGAUUGUAAAUGGUGAAUGCCUUAUCACAUCAAGAGUGUUCACUGGGGAUGCAAGCGACAAGUUGAAGAACAGUCUGUUAGAAUAUACAUUUAUCAAGAUGAAUGGUGAAGGCCAGAGUGUAUUCUAUCAUAAAGUAUGUGACAAACUCAAGCUAAAUCACUUAUUUCUUUUAGAUAGAGAUAAUUCUAACCCGGAGGAGAAAAAUGACGACUACCAUUUUCAUUGGAAGGAUGGCGACAUUGAGAGCAUGGUUUUGAACAUGUGUAGAAACAAUGCGAAGCUUACAAGCGAUCUUUUAAAAGAGAACGUUAUAAGUUUCAGUUCGAAAAAUAACACAUAUCAAAUUAAAUCAAAAAGCAAAAAAGGCAAACUUUUCCUUGAUGAACGUAUCAACUAUAUUAACAUCAAACAGAGUGUGAAACUCCUACUAGAUCACUGUGAGGCUGAAGACGACCUUGCCGCAUUUAUCAAAAGGUUAAUGCAAUAGCAUAUUCUCACAUGAUCUCAUUGUUGAUAAACUAUCUAUGUCCUCUGACAAAAGCUUGUGGAACUUGUAUGCCUUAUAUAUAACUCGUACACUGUCAACAAUAAGUUGUGUUUUUGUUCUUUUUCCCGAUUUAUUGAGGGUCAUACAACGCAUGGAGUGACACUUACGUGCAAUAAAGGUUUUAUGAAAACCGCAGUAUUAUUACAUCUUCAGAUGUUUCCUUAUUAAACUUUAACCGUUUUAAAUGUUGAAUAUCUUUAAAGUAGGUGCUAGGGGCACAAUAUCAUAUGCAUAUUUUAUCUUGAUUUUGUUGCUCACUCACUCGUUUGUUUUUGUGCCACUUUAAGCAAACUUUCAUUGAUAUUUCAGUCGUUAUAGAUUUAUUUUUUGUUUUAAUUAUCAAAUAUAAAGUAUCCAGUCAUAGUUUCAAUAUUUAAAUGCACUUUCCCAUACAUCACCAAUACAAUCCAUGAAAUAAUGGAGAUUUGACUGAGUGGAAUUUGUCAAAACACAUAUCUGAAUAAAUAUGCAUAAUUUGAAAAGCAUGAAUCAGUUUUGUGGUAGGUGAGAUAUUUAUGGGUUAAUGGUCGGUCCAGCUUUUCCAUGUAAUUGAAUUCUACCUUUACUCAGAUAAACUUUUUAAUCGGAAAAUGCAAUGAUAAUAUAGAGAAAUAUUCUCUAUUUAAAAUAUUCAUGCACUGAAAAACUUGCUACAUGUAUUAACGGCGUGAGAUUCGAAGCGGUGCCCUUUCACGUAGCAUUUAUAGUAUGGGUAUGGGU